AUGGCUCAAGAUCAUGAUCUCCACAGCCAAAAUCAGAGGCUGGUGAGGCGCGGUUUUCCUCUGCGCCGAGGCCGGAAACUGCCGGUUGCCCGCCUAGGCGGCCCGAAGCCGAAGCGGGGACUUGUGUUUGUUAAAAUGCUCAAGAGGAUCAGGAUGAGGUGGCUGAAGCUUCAGUACUUGUGCAUGUUGAAGAAGCUCAAGGAGUCUUACAAGAACAUGAUGAAGGACUUAAUGACAGCUGGCGCGAGCUUGGAGACCUUCCACCAGAGGAUUUUCAUGGAGACUUCUUUCGCCAUCCCAAUGGGAGUCUCUCUUUCCAGCUACCCUUCUGUUGCUGGAUCAGAUCGGCCUCGAACCCUUUUCAUGUAG